CCCACUAUACAACAGAUCGCGUGACGGGCACAGCAAAUGCUUAAAGUUUCGCUACAUGUUGAGGGGACCUGGAGAAAAGACACUUACAAUUUACCAGAAAGUAGACAACCAUCGAGAAACAGCAGUUUGGGUUUCUAAACGGAAAACUGGUACGAACUGGAUAUUUGGUCAAGUGCCAUUGAGUUCUAUUUCGAAGUUUCAGGUGUCAAUAAAAGGUGAAGCAGAGAAGACUAAUGACUCAAUAGCAUUGACAGGACUGUACAUUGACGAGAAAUAUUGCAAGCACGAGCCAAUGCGGGCCAAGCAAGCUUGCAGCAAAAACUUACUCAACAUGUCAGGGUAUUUCUCCUCUCCAUCAUUUCCUGGAAAUUAUCUUGAUGACAUGUCCUGCACGUGGCACAUCACCGUCCCAUCGGGUCACACCAUUCACCUGGAGUUUCAAGAAUUCCGUCUCAAGGAUCACCCCAGGUGCAAAGACUGUUUUGUUCAGAUUUUCGAUGGGCAGGAUUUGAAAUCACCUGCACUAGGCAGAUUCUGCGGCUAUAUGUAUCCUCCUCUUUUGGUCUCAUCAUCAAAUCAUUUCACGAUUGAUCUUUCUUGUCUUGGAGAUGUACACAAAGCAAGGUUCAAGGCCUUUUAUCACUCUGUUAGUGCCCUUGAUUAUACAGAUUCAUCUUGUCUACGUCAACAAGGUACACAAUGACGUCAUCUCAGGAUAAGC